AUGGUGACAAUUGAGAUUUUAGAAGAAGAUUCAGAUCAGGAUCUCAGAAUUAUAGAAAAAAUCUAUCUAGGAGUCAAGAAAGGUACAGAAGAAACACCUGAGAUUAUAAUCAAUAUGAUAGAAGCAGAUCUAGAGAUUAUAAUCAAUAUGAUAGAAGCAGAAACCACCUCUACCAAUCAUUGGGAUAUUCUUUUAAAUAAUACUAGUAUUAGAGAAGCCUUAGCAAAUUAUCUGCAAGGUGACUCCAAUAUUAUAAAUCGGGUACACUCUAAUAGACUACAAACUAUUUCUGUGAAGUAUCAAACAACUAUUUAUAAUAAACUAUUUAUGGCUAUUAUUGAUAGUGGAGCUGCUAUUAGUAUAAUUACUCAACAAGCUGCUAAAGAAAUUAGAUUAGAAAUAAACACUUCUUCUAAUAGUUUAAUUUCAUUUGUACUUGGAAAACAAGUUAGAUCUCUAGGUAUUAUUAAGGAUGUUUCUGUAGAAAUUGCAGGAAUUACUAUUCAUAUCUCCAUAGAAGUUGUACCAGCAACUACUUACUCUCUUAUUUUGAGAAAUGAUUGGUCUUGCAAAGUAAAAGCCCAAUAUGAUUAG